UAUAUAAUGUUUAAUAAUAAUAAUAAUAUAUUACGUUUAAUAAUAAUAAUAAUAUAAUAUAUAUAUAUAUAAUAUGAAAAGAAAGAAAGAAUCCAACGCAGCAGCAGCAACGAACCAAAGGAGGAGAAGGAAGGGAGGAAGAAGAAGGAGAAAGAAAGAAAAAAAAAAAAGAAAAAGAUUUAGCCGUCCGAUUCCAAUUCCGACUUGGGUAUGGUAUUCCUUGCUAUUCGUAGAGUCCGAUUAUAAAUUUUAAUACGAAUUUUGAUAUUGGAGUAUUAAAUUAGAAAUUCUUCAAAAAUUCAAAAUUGGCUAUUUAGCUAUUUAAUCGAUGAAUUUCUUUAGCUAAUAGCCUAUUCGUAGCGCCGACAUUAUAUUUUGAGAAUUUCGUACCAAUCCAAGUCGAAUAAAAAACGGCAGUAUAUCGCACCUGCCUGCUUGUUCAUACCUUUGCGUAUUUUUAUUUAAUAAUCGGGCAAUAUAAAUAUUAUGAGGUAGAAGGAUUUUAUAGCUAGAAUAUCAUAUUCUACUAAAUAUAAAAGUUUGGAGCCCGACGAGUUAAUUAUAGAAAUUAGCUUUUGAAUAAGCAGGUAGCUCCUGAGAAUAAGCAUAAAGCUCAUCUGAUUUGAGUAAAUAAUGGGACAGGUGUACGUUGGAGGAGAUUUGGGUGAAGUUAUAAAAUCCAGAAAGUAUCGGUAGGAAGUACGCAUGGCACCUCCGGGACAGGGGACGUCUCGGGAGAUAGAAAGACGGGCUGAAUGAGUGAACUGCAUCUGAUGUAUUAUAUGUAAAUUCUAACUAGAAAAACCUCCCGUUUUGGGAGUAUGUUUUUGUAAAUAUUUAUAAACUUGUUUUUUUGGAAAUAAUAAAAUGCUUAUAUAAUUAAUUUUAGCCUUAACACUGUGUUGUGGGGCCCGAAGUAGGAGGUGACGACCUCAUGAUGCAGUGUGGCGGUAGCAUUUCCAGUAUGAGCCAACUGGGGGUGUUACAAGUUGGUAUCAGAGCCUAGGUUUGAUAGAUUUUGGCUCUUUGAAUUAAAAAGGUUUUGAAAAUAAUAAUGAUAUUGAAUUGGUUUGGUGAGGUUUGGGUUUUGCGGGUGCAUUCAUGUUAAUGUGAUCUAUCUUUUAUUGUUAUGCUUGGUUUAGCUGUGUGCUGAAUUGAUAUUGAAUCAGGAAAAAUUGGGGGCAGUAUGUCGAAUUCUCGAGGUGGUGGUGUACGUAGGGCUAUUCAAGGCCCAGAGUUUGAUCCUUCGUCUGAUGAGUCACAGUAUCCUGUGCCAGCGCAUGUACCAACAGAGGCACCUAGUCAGGAUUUCUUUCGGCAGUUUAUGGCCGCGAUGAUGCCUCAACAGAGGAGUUUCAUUGAUGCUGUGAUGCGGCAUAACCCACCAACAUAUUCUGGUUCAGUGGAGCCAGGAGUCCUUGAGUUUUGGGUUGAAAAGAUGGAAAAGAUAUUUCGUGUUGUUCAGGUUCCGCCAGAUCAACGAGUUAAUAUUGGAGCCUAUUUCUUGGAAGGCCGAGCAAAUCGGUGGUGGUUAGGUGAAGAAGCUGCAGGUGUAGACCAAGUGGAUAUGACUUGGGAUGAAUUUAAAGCAAAGUUAAAGGCUAGGUUUAUACCGUCGCAUAUUCGAAAAGCGAAGAAGCAAGAAUUGCUGGACUUAAAGCAGGGCUCGAUAAUUGACCAUUUUGUAGACGGGUUGCAACACAGAAUUCAAGAAGCUUUAGCGGUGUUGGAUAUCAGUUCAUUGUAUGAGGCUUACGAGCGUGCUGCCCGAUUUUAUCAGAAGCAGGAAGUCAGACAAAAGGAGAGUGAGAAGGAAAUAGGUUAUCAACAUCAGGUUCGAGAUAAGGGAAAAGCUAAAGUGGAGGAUGAGCCCAAGGGUAAAAAGAAAUGGUGGCAAAUGUUCAGGUCUGGGCCAUCGUAUAAGGGGAUUUCGAUUAAUGAACCGAGUCAGGAGAGGUCUCAGCAAUCGGGGGCUGUUUGUCGGCGUUGUGGAACAAGCCACCCAGGUACUCGUUGUGAUAAAGUUCCAUUGACAUGUUUUAAAUGUGGUGGUAGUGGUCACAUUGCCAGGUUAUGUCCAAGUGUGGUAACUGCAAGGGAGUUUCCAGAACCGAGGUUUAGGCCAUGGCAGCCGCCGUCUUCGCAGUCACAAGGGAGAGGAUUAGGAUCAUCUUGGCAAGGGGGACGAAGUCAGUCACGUUCGUCAUCUAGGCAGCCAGGCAGAGGACCUGACCAGCGUGGUCGAAUAAAUGUUCUUACCCAAGCAGAAGCUGAUUAUCAUCCAGGUACGCAUGGCACCUCCGGGACAGGGGACGUCUCGGGAGAUAGAAAGACGGGCUGAAUGAGUGAACUGCAUCUGAUGUAUUAUAUGUAAAUUCUAACUAGAAAAACCUCCCGUUUUGGGAGUAUGUUUUUGUAAAUAUUUAUAAACUUGUUUUUUUGGAAAUAAUAAAAUGCUUAUAUAAUUAAUUUUAGCCUUAACACUGUGUUGUGGGGCCCGAAGUAGGAGGUGACGACCUCAUGAUGCAG